CAGAGGUUUACAAAUCUUGGUUGAAAUCUACAGACCUUCAUUGUGAACAUUAUAUCGACUUUUACGGAGGUUGGCAUAGACAUUCACCUAGAACUACGAAGAUCUUCACCAAGAAAACUACAGGACAACUAACGUAUGGAGACCAAACCUAGUUACGUUUUGACGGCGACAUCGUCCCUCCACAUGGAGGACGAGAUUUCAUCAGAUGAACUGGAGGAGCAGAUAUGCAGCGAUUUGGAUGUGCCUCUGUUACCACCAAGGACCUUCAUCGAUUUGCUCAAGAUGUAUCUCAGUUCUAUAACAAAUGAGGCAUGGAUGUCCCUGGCAGAUGACAACACUGAUGCUGACACAAUCAUGCUGCUGACUGAGAUGUGUUGCAAGAUUGUGGAAAUGGUCUCGAUCUUGAUCUUGAUUGAUGUAGCGCCUCAGGUUCACCACUACGCGCAGAUUUCCACGAAAGAUGCCGGCAGCUCCUGCAACACUUCUGUCACAAGGAACGGGAUUGAAGCUCCACAGACGGAGCGCAACUACUCCACAGUGACAGCGGAGGAUGUAGAGGCUAGCGUGGGGUAUUCGCUUCACAUCUGCCUUGGAAUGGUGAUGAAAGUGAACGUGAAGAAGAGGUCUGACAGCUCCCAACAACUGUUGCAGCUUGUUGCUAAAGAGGUUGCCAGGGGAGUGAACCACGGACUGGCUGUUAUCACAAACCUCCACUCUGCCUCUAUUAAACAACUGCAUCGAUCUGUUAGGACUGAAAUAGCGGAAUCUGAAACCAGGCAAAUGGUUUACCACGUCACCCAAAUACUGAAGAAGUGCCUGGUCAAGAUCUUCAAUGAUAAAGACCAAGGCAGCGAUACCUGUCAGGAAUAUAGAGUCAUGGAGGUGACACCUUACAACUUUGAACAACAGCAGCGGCUGGUUGAGGAAGAAGUGGUCCAUAAUCUUUACCACAUAUUGGCUGUAAUCACACAGUCAACCACCCCUCAGUCUGUUGCGAAUGAAACACUGAACUCUGAUACUCAGCUUCAAACCAAAGACACUGAUCCGGUCUCUGAGACUCACACGUCAGUGCCUGACGGUGAAGGCUUCCAUGUUGGGAAUGGAUCAACACCCCUGUGUCAGAAGAAACAGGAGAGCCCGGCGUCUUCUCAAUCUGGAGAGACUGAAACACUGAAAUGUAAAACUCAGCAUAAAAACCGGGUGAGGUUUUUUGAACGAAAAAACAACAAGGCUUCUCCAGUCUCAGAGAGUGACACAUCAACGCCUGACAAGGACGUCUUCCACAUUGGUAAUGGAUCAACACCGCUGCAUCAGAGGAAGAAGAAGGGCCCUGCCAUCACGAGGAUGUUCCCUCGCAUAUCCCAGGCUAUGACAUCAUUCAUCAGCUUCAUUGGCUGUGGACCACAGUAUGAGUAACUCAUGCAGGGAUCCUAUAUUCAGUUUUUCUUGAGUAUAGGAUUUCAUGGCAGAUUGCAUUCGUCAAACAGCUCUCUGCUUCUGCAAAUCAUUCCACGCCCGGAUAGCAAAAUUGUACCAGACACAGUCAUCUGGCCCACAUUAGGGUGAUUUUAAUGGAUCUAUUGGCAGACAGGUUUUCACAAUCCUCCAAACCCCCAAUUUGAUUCGUACCUGAUAGUUGAUUGUUGAAUCUCAGGCUGGGUGUGUGAGCCUGAACGUGGCUGGUACAAAUUUUGCUGUCUGGGUUGGCAGCUCAGGCCAGACGCCAGACCAAAGCGUCAGUACUUGAUGAUCCAGUGGAUGAGACUCAACAAUCAACUAUCAGGUGCAUUUUGAUGGAGAGAGGACAGCACUGAGCACAUGUUUCCUCACAGAAAAAAAAAAGCUGGAACAUAUGAUUUAUGUUCUCCGGUUUUUCUUUCUGGAGUUAACAUGUGCUCCCCGUGUUGAUGUGGGUUUUCCCCGGGUGCUCCGGUUUUGUCCCACAUUCCAAAAACAUGUAACAUCCUAGAAAAUAAAAUAGAAUAAUUGUAAACCUUA